AUGGCCAAGAAGACCGCAAUCGGUAUUGACCUCGGCACCACGUACAGCUGCGUGGGAGUUUGGAAGAACGAUGGCGUCGAGAUCAUUGCCAAUGAUCAAGGCAACCGGACGACUCCCUCCUACGUGGCCUUCACAGACACCGAGCGCCUGAUUGGCGAUGCAGCCAAGAAUCAGGUCGCCCGCAAUCCCGAGAACACGGUGUUCGAUGCCAAGCGCCUGAUUGGCCGCAAGUUCAACGACCCUAUCGUGCAGGCGGACAUCAAGCUGUGGCCCUUCAAGUGCGUCUCCGGUCCCAGCGACAAGCCGCUCAUCGUGGUCACCGUGGAGGGCGAGGAGAAGAAGUUCCACCCGGAGGAGGUUUCGUCGAUGGUGCUCCUGAAGAUGAAGGAGACGGCGGAGGCCUACCUCGGCACCAAGGUCAACGAUGCCGUCGUGACGGUGCCAGCGUACUUCAACGACUCGCAGCGCCAGGCCACCAAGGAUGCAGGAACCAUCUCGGGCAUGAACAUCCUCCGCAUCAUCAAUGAGCCGACUGCGGCCGCGAUCGCAUACGGCCUCGACAAGAAGGGCUCCGGAGAGCGCAACGUCCUCAUCUAUGAUAUGGGAGGCGGCACCUUCGAUGUAUCCCUCCUGACCAUCGAGGAUGGCAUCUUCGAGGUGAAGGCCACAGCGGGCGAUACCCACCUGGGUGGUGAGGACUUCGACAACCGAGUGGUGGACUUCUGCAUGCAGGACUUCAAGCGAAAGAACCGCGGCAAGGACAUGGCGGGCAACCAGCGCGCCAUUCGACGCUUGCGAACGCAGUGCGAGCGGGCCAAGCGGACGCUGUCGUCCUCCACACAGGCCACCAUCGAGAUCGACUCUCUGUUCGAGGGCAUUGACUACUCCUGCUCUUUGUCCCGUGCCCGUUUUGAGGAGUUGUGCAUGGACUACUUCCGCAACUCCAUGGGUCCAGUGGAGAAGUGCCUGAAGGAUUCUGGCAUUGACAAGAAGAGCGUGCACGACGUUGUUCUGGUUGGUGGCUCCACCCGUAUUCCCAAGGUGCAGUCUAUGAUCCAGGAGUUCUUCAACGGCAAGGAGCCCAACAGGUCCAUCAACCCUGACGAGGCCGUGGCUUAUGGUGCCGCAGUGCAGGCUGCUAUUCUGACUGGAGAGGGCUCGUCUCAGGUGCAGGACCUGCUGCUGUUGGAUGUGACUCCAUUGUCCAUGGGCUUGGAGACCGCUGGUGGCGUGAUGACCAAACUCAUUGAGCGCAACACCACUAUUCCCACCAAGAAAGCACAGACCUUCACCACCUACGCAGACAAUCAGCCGGGAGUGUUGAUCCAGGUGUUCGAAGGCGAGCGUGCCAUGACUAAGGACAACAACCUGCUGGGUAAGUUCCACCUGGAUGGCAUCCCGCCAGCUCCUCGUGGCGUGCCCCAGAUCGAGGUGACCUACGACAUCGAUGCUAACGGCAUUCUGAACGUGAGCGCUUCGGACAAGUCCACAGGAAAGUCCAACCAGAUCACGAUCACCAACGAGAAGGGUCGCCUGUCCCAGUCCGAGAUCGACCGCAUGGUGCAGGAAGCUGAGAAGUUCCGAGCGGAGGACGAGGCGAACAAGAUGAAGAUCGAAGCCAAGAACGGCUUGGAGAACUAUUGCUUCACCAUGCGCAACACCCUGAACGAGGAGAAGCUGAAGGACAAGUUCGAGGGUGGAGACAAGGAGAAGAUCGAGUCGGCAGUGCAGGAGACCCUGGACUGGCUGGACAAGAACCAGUUGGCCGAGAAGGACGAGUUCGAGGCCAAGCAGAAGGAGCUCGAGGGCAUCGUGAACCCCAUCAUGAUGAAGGUCUACCAAGCGGCAGGCGGUGGCGGCAUGCCCGAGGGCGGCAUGCCGGGUGGCGGCAUGGGCGGUGCCCCUGGUGGCGCCAGCGGCCCGACCGUUGAGGAGGUUGACUAG